UGUACGUAUCACAUAAUGUUCCUACGAAUCUCAUAGGGUUCGUGCAAAUGCUUGGGCACCCCUGGGCUAUCUAAAUUUUGAUACAGAUACAGAUUCGCUUCGGGUGUUAAAGAAACCCCCCUUAUAGGCGGAGCUACUCUAUUUCCCAGAAGAAGGCCUGAAGUCGUUUUCUAACUAUUACAUGAAGUAAAAAGUUUGCAUGUAUUUAUAAUCUGACCGCUGGCUCAGCUACAGUCCAACAUGUUCAGAUGUUUAUCUUCUGUCUUUUUUCUUGGUAUUUCACACGUCCAGUGUCUCUGGUGACGAGACAAAAUGACAAGUGAAUAUCGACCGUGCGUCCUGUUGCUGGUACCGCUAACAGUGGUUCCAUUCCUGCUGUAUUACACAUCAGGGCGUCUUCUUCCUGGUGACAUGUUGCCCUGGAGUAAACUGGCCCGUAGAAAUACUAGCAGCUCUCUCCUCAAGCUUGAAGAAGCAGGCAGUGACUACAGUGGAAGACUUGAGGGCGUUACCGGUACUGCAAACGUAUCCAUGGAAAAGCCGAAAGCUGGGGGAACAAGGGCAUUACAGGAAUUUGCUGUUUACGCUAAGUACAUACCGAAGGAAUCGGAUGCCCUGAAGAAGUUCUUAGACGACCAGGCAGCUGUGCAGUCCAUACCGACGGAGGCACCUGGAUGGGUCUAUAACAAAACAGCUGCAGAUUUAUUUCGGAAGAGGAUCGUAAGCGACAGUCGCUACGUGAAUGGGAGCUUUCUGGUCACACAGGGAAACGUUGUGAAGAGCGUUCUAAAGACCUACGGCACGAAACCCACGAUCGUCAAGGUGCCACCAGACGUCUUCAAAGGAUUACCUAAAGAAAGUCCGUUCAAGAACAAACGCUUCAAUACUUGCAGCGUUGUGGGGAACGGAGGGAUACUAAAGGGAAGCGGCUGUGGAAAAGAGAUAGACGCCUCUGAGUUUGUGUUCAGGCUCAACAUGGCUUCAAUGGACGAGAAAUAUUUGGAUGACAUUGGGAAGAAAACCAAUCUGAUUACCAUCAACCCUUCUAUGAUCGGAUACAGAUACAAAAGUCGAAGAGGAAAAAUUGUGACAUUAAACACUAGAGCCUGGAUGUCUGACCUGUCAGUAUACGGAGACAGCUUUCUCUGGAUUUGGGCCUUUGAAAGUCCCACGCACGCAAAUUGUGCCUUCCAAGCACAGCGGGCUCUGCAAGGAAACAGCGCCCGGAACCAAGUCAUCUUACCAUAUCCAAGUCCGACAGGAUCGAUGAGAUCGUUUUGGAAAGAAAAUGGCAUCACGGCGAAGAAGCCGUCGUCAGGUCUGCUGUUGGUGAGUUCGGCCACACAGAUGUGCGAAGAGGUGCGCCUGUACGGCUUCUGGCCCUUCCACUCCGACAGGAACAACAGACGCCUGACUGAGCAUUACUACGACAAUGCCCUCCCCCAAAACGCUCACAGAGUACCUGAUGAGUUCAGGCAACUGCAGCGUCUCCACAACACCGGGGUUCUUCGUCUGACAACCCACGCAUGUCAAUGAGCGGACAAUGUUUAUGACUAGAAAGGCAACUUUUUGCAAAAAUGCAGAAUGUGUUCCUCUAGCCUUGUGUCAAGCUACUGCACGCAAUAGUAUGCCAUUUGGCUCGCACCCAAGUAGUGUGUGCGAGUGAAAAAGAAUUGGGGUAUCUGAGUAGCCUGACGUGAUAGCCAGCCCGGGUAGACAUCCCAUCCUUUCCGUAAAUCAGAAGGAAGAAAGAAAAAGAACACACCAGCAAAACAAUAUGUCGCCUAGUACGAUUACUGUACUGUACGAUCAGAGUGUACAAGAUUAUUCACUCUGAUAUAUUACGACUGUCUGCAUGUAUAACUGCUAAUAUAGAUUGUUUGCAUUUUUA